CGUAACUUCGUCACUGCUCUGCUCAAACAACAUCUUCGUAUCCUCUAUAAAGUUCUCAAUUCUCAUUCUCAUACUCCUAUCAAUUCAUACUUCCAGAAUUUUCUGAGUUCUCUCUCUCUGGCAUUCAUAGGAGCAAAAAAUUAGCAUCAAUGGCUACCCCAAGUGUUCAAGAAGUUCUUCCACCAUCACUUGAUUCUACUUCCCAACCUCCGUCUCUCUUCGACGGAACUACCAGGUUAUACAUCAAUUAUAUGUGCCCCUAUGCUCAGCGUGUGUGGAUUAUCAGGAAUGUCAAGGGCUUGCAAGAUAAGAUCAAGUUAGUUCCAAUUGACCUUCAGAAUAGGCCUACUUGGUACAAGGAAAAAGUUUACGCGGAAAAUAAGGUACCCUCUUUGGAGCACAACAACAAAGUGAUCGGAGAAAGUUUGGAUCUGAUUAAGUAUGUUGAUAGUAACUUUGAAGGGCCAUCUCUUCUGCCUGAUGAUCCGGAAAAGCAGAAGUUUGCUGAAGAAUUGAUAGCCUAUAGUGAUACAUUCGUCAAGGAAGUAUAUGGUUCGCUUAAAAAAGAUGCACAGAUACUGGCUGGAGCACAAUUUGAUUACCUGGAAAAAGCUCUCGCAAAAUUUGACGACGGACCUUUCUUCCUCGGUCAAUUCAGUCAGGUUGACAUAGCAUAUGCUCCAUUCAUCGAAAGGUUCCAAAUUUUCCUGCAAGAGGUGUUUAACUAUGAUAUCACAUCUGCGAGGCCGAAACUAGCCAAAUGGAUUGAGGAAGUCAACAAGAUUGAUGGUUACAAGCAAACGAAAGUCUUGGAUCCCAAGAGACUGGUUGAAUACUACAAAAACCGUUUUAUGGCCUAGAAUUUCAAAACGGUUUGUCAACCAUUGGUGAAACUGCGAAUGAAGCACGCGCUGUAUAAGUAUGUCAUGGAGUUCUACAGAAUUGUUGAUUAGUAAUAGAUAAAUAAAUUGGUCAUGUCCUUUUUUUUAUCUGUAGAAUUGUGAAUUAUUUUUGGGGUUUGGUGUUUAUGCUAGGGACUUGGAUUAACACAGACGUAAAAUUUCAUGUAAUGUGAUCUCUGUUGUCUGUGUGUUUGCAGCUUCUUAUUGAAAUAUUCUGUUUAUGGCCUGA